GUUAAAUUACGUUUCUGUGUGGCUGGUGUAAAGUUGUGUUAGUAGGUUUUGCGAAAUUUCGCGUAGCGAUAUCUUGAAUAUAAUCUUUAGAUUUGCUAAGAGUGUUAGCCGGGCAGUGCUACCAGAUUUGUAGCUUAGGUUACCAGUUUGUUUGCAGUUGCUAGCCCAGUGUUGUGGUCUCGUUACAGGACGUGUUUAAAAUGAGCUAACGCUAGAAAGCUGAUCCGUUAGUUUGACUAAUCAACUGGUAACGUUUACUAACCUGCCAUCGUAAAAUUGACCAUUUAUCAAAUUUCUUUCUAAAGGCUGUCAUUUAAUUAUCUGACAUUCCAACUUUAAACCAAGGUGAGGUUUCUUCACCUAAUUAGCUGAAAUCCAGUUAGCCAAUUUAAAGUAGUGUCAUUGCUAUGUACUCUGACAGAACAGUGUAUCAGUGCGAUUGUUUUUUUCAGUUUGCAUGUGAAUUGGAAAACGGUUAUUCAUUUAAACAACUAUUUAGCUUAAUGUGUGAUUAUGCCUGUUGCUGUGGUAUUUUACGGUGAUAGCUGGAAAAGUCUUAGGAAGCUUAGUUUUAUGUGCAAGGGAACGGCUGCUCAGAUGUGUCAGUGUCAGAUUUGGGCAAUCUAUUGCUGAAGUGUUACUAAAGCUGCUCUUUAGGAAGACAAGGUGCCAAGCAGCAAGGAUUGGCAGGUGCUCCUCACCAUGUCCAAGAGCAAGAGCUCGGAGUCAGUCAAGGUGGUGGUCCGUUGCCGUCCUAUGAACGAGAAAGAACGGGCCGCCAAGUAUGAGAGUGUGGUGUCUGUUGAUGUCAAACUGGGCCAAAUUAUUGUGAGAAACCCAAGGGAGUCCUCGGGCAACGAACUGCCCAAAAUCUUUACAUUUGAUGCUGUUUAUGGUUGGAACUCCAAACAGCUAGAAAUGUAUGAUGAAACCUUCAGGCCCCUGGUUGAGUCUGUUCUUCUGGGAUUUAAUGGGACCAUCUUUGCUUAUGGUCAGACGGGUACAGGGAAGACUUACACUAUGGAAGGGGUGAGAAAUGAUCCGGAGAAGAGAGGAGUGAUCCCAAACUCCUUUGAGCACAUCUUCACACACAUUUCACGUUCACAGAACCAACAGUACCUUGUCAGAGCGUCAUACUUAGAAAUCUACCAGGAGGAGAUCAGAGACUUGCUCUCAAAAGAUCAGUCACGUCGUCUCGAGCUCAGGGAGAGGCCCGACACGGGUGUGUAUGUUAAAGAUCUUUCAUCAUUUGUUACCAAGAGUGUGCGAGAGAUCGAGCAUGUCAUGAAUGUGGGAAACCAGAAUCGAUCAGUUGGAGCCACUAAUAUGAAUGAGCACAGCUCACGCUCUCACGCCAUUUUUGUCAUCACGGUGGAGUGCAGUGAGUUGGGUGUGGAUGGAGAGAACCACAUAAGAGUUGGCAAACUCAACCUGGUGGAUUUAGCUGGCAGUGAAAGGCAAACCAAGACUGGAGCUCAGGGGGAGAGGCUUAAAGAAGCCACAAAGAUAAAUCUAUCCCUUUCUGCUCUUGGUAAUGUCAUAUCAGCUCUGGUGGAUGGCAGGAGCAGCCACAUCCCUUACCGAGACUCGAAGCUGACACGUCUGCUGCAGGACUCCCUAGGGGGCAAUGCCCGCACUGUCAUGGUUGCCAACAUUGGCCCAGCAUCCUACAAUGUGGAGGAGACCUUAACAACUCUGCGCUAUUCAAACAGGGCAAAAAAUAUCAAGAACAAACCACGUAUCAAUGAAGAUCCCAAAGAUGCCCUGCUCAGGGAGUUUCAGGAGGAGAUUGCCAGGCUGAAGGCGCAGCUGCAGAAACGCUCAGGAAAGAAAAAGAGAAGGCUGAGGAGGAGAGCUGGGGAAGGGAGCGAUGAUGAGGGUCUGGAAAGUGGCGAGACAGAGGACGAUGAGGAAGAUGGAGACGACAAGGGGGACUACUGGAGAGAACAGCAGGAGAAGUUGGAAAAGGAGAGAAAGGCAAUCCUGGAGGAUCACAGCCUGGUAGCUGAGGAGAAAGCCCGGCUUCUUAAAGAGAAAGAGAGGAAAAUGGAAGACUUCCGGAAGGAGAGGGAGGCCGGAGAGAAGCUUGCAGCCAAAGUUAAGGCGAUGGAGAGUAAGCUCCUAGUAGGGGGGAAGAACAUUGUGGAUCACACCAAUGAGCAGCAAAGAAUGCUGGAGCAAAAGAGGCAGGAGAUUGCUGAACAGAAACGGCGAGAGCGAGAGAUGCAGCAGCAAAUGGAAAGUCGUGAUGAAGAGACACUGGAGCUUAAGGAGACCUACACUUCUCUGCAACAGGAAGUUGACAUUAAAACCAAGAAGCUGAAAAAGCUGUUUUCCAAGCUGCAGUCAGUGAAGGCAGAAAUCCAAGAUCUCCAAGAGGCACACAUCAACGAGCGCCAGGAGAUGGAGCAGAUCCAAAACGAACUCACCAGGGACCUCAAACUCAAACAUCUGAUUAUUGAAAACUUCAUUCCUCUAGAGGAGAAAAACAAAAUAGUCAACAGGGCUUUCUUCGAUGAGGAGCCUGAGGAAUGGAAGAUGAAGCCCAUCACACGUAUUGAGGAUGACCAUCAGAUGAUGAGCAGGCCUCGGUCUGCAGUCGGCUACUGGAGGCCCCUCAGUCACCAUGCCCGUGUGGCCAUGAUGUUGAAGCCUGACAUGAGAUACAAAGCUGAGAACAUCAUAAUGCUGGAUAUGGACAUUCCUGCACGGACCUCUAAAGAGUACCAGGAGCCAGUUAUCGCCCCAAAGCUGGCGGCAGCUCUGGAGGAUGCUCUUCGGGAUGAGGAUGAGAUCGAGGUAGAUGCCUCAAGCUUUCACAGCAGCUUGGGACAAAUGCUGCCUGCUGGUGCUAGCGGCAGCCUCAAGAAGCCAAAGUCAGGACGACCAAGAACAGGCAAGAAGUCGAGUACCCCGACCUCUUCAUACAGCCCCUCCAGCCCAGGAUCCCCUCUUUAUCCCCAAUCCCGUGGCCUGGUGCCAAAGUGAUGGUUCCUACUGCUACUGUCACUGCCUGCCAACCUGUUUUGCACCUGUCCACAUUGGGAAUGACCUUUAGAGGAUGGGUAUAAAAAAAGAUUAAUGCUGCUUUCUAGUUUUUAACUACACCACUGUUAACUGAUCUCUUGAAUACAACAAAACAAUAGCAGCUGUGCAUGACAUUAUACUGCACUGCUUUUACAGUUCCCUAGAUAUUGAUGAAUGUCAGUAAUUUCGUGUGUGUGUGUGUGUGUGUGUGUGAUAGUGAGUGAGUGAGAGAGAGACGCAUCACAAUGUUCUUAACGUACAAAAAAGUAAAGGUGGGCUUAACCUUCCCUUGCACUACUUCAUAUCUUCCUAGAUGUGUGUUAGAUGUCCUUCAUGUUACUGUAAGUGUGGACAUGUGUGUGUGUGUGUGUGUGGUAGUGGAGGGAGGGGGCUGAGAGCUCUGUUGAACCUGGCACUAACAUAGUUGUGUGUGUGUGUGAAUGUGGUGUUGUACAUCUGGCUGCAUGUCUGUGCAUCUUUGAAUCACUGUCUGAAUGGGUUUGUUUGUUUUCUGUUUUUAUCCACGACUUUAAUUGUUGCUUUAGAGGAGCUUUAAGAUUGCGUGUGGCUGCAUGUGCUGGCUUCAGUCUUAAAGGAAUAGUUGCACAUUUUGGCAAAUACACUUACAAAAGAGAAGCGAUAAGAAUUUUUACCACCUUUACGCUGAAGCGUGAAGCAGGAAGUGAUCGGCUUUAGACAUAGCUGGUGAAACUGCCAUUUGAAUUUUAAAAAUUCUCAUACUAAAUUUCUAAUAGGGAGCAUGUCAGCUCAGCUGAAAAGGCAAAACUAUUCAAAUGCAGACAUAGAAUCUAGUUAAUAAAUUAUAAACUGAAUAAUAAACAAACUGCAAAGCAGUUAGUCUGUUACAAUUACCAAAUAAAAUGUUGGUGUUUACAUUUAAUUGUUUUUGGUAAAUCCAGUCAACCUAAUGGAUGUUACUCUGUACAACCUGAAUAUCGGUGUCAAAUCUAGCUCAGCACAACACAAAAGCAAUAAGAACAAGUAAAUUAUUAGUCAAGUUGAAUUCUCAAGCCAAAAAGAGCUUUUAAGUAGGAUCUCACCAAAAUGUUUUUCUGUUCUGAAACCAAAGGCAUGCACAUAGCGAAGCCUGUUUGCAUGUGAAAAUGCGACCAGUGUCAAAAGAGGAAAUGGUUGUAGCCUUUUGCUUUGAUUACUUCCCUUUAAAAGUGAUGUUAUUGGAUUUGUUACCCAGUCAGCACAUUUUAAGUUAUUAAAUAGUUACAUUUCCCUUGUAAUGCAGUGCCACAGUACCUUUGCCAUACUGUGGCUAACUUUAUGUCGUGAUGAUUCACAAGCUAGUUGGUAGCUUACCAUGAACAAUCCGCAUCCCUCAGCUGUAAAGCUGCAUGUGCUGUAGACAGUACUGAAAGGUUUACUAAUAGCAGUCAGAGCUCAAACUAUGUGAUGUCACUCUUUCUAAAUGAGCACAAACACAUUUAAAAUGAAAUAUUUAUUGGAAAAAAAUACACACGACAUAUUAUGAUUGAGUACCUUAGAACUGUUUUUGUUCUUCAGCUGAGCCAAGCUAAGCUUCUUAGUUUCUGCUUGUGGUUUAUGUAGCGUACAGAUUUCACACUAAUACAUAAGCAAACUUUCUCAAAUGGUGGACUAUUUCUUUAAGUCUGUAUGAUUGCAAGUGUGCAGGUCAGAAAAUAAAGCAUGCUUCAGAUCUGGACUCAGUCACGAGUUGCUGUAAUCAGUAGAUGCUGUUCUUCCUGAGACACACAAGGGAGGUGGGGAACAUGGGGGGAGAGCCCGACACAUGUACCCUCUGUGGACAGUUUCUAGGUUGCAUGACAUAGCAGUUGGCCACCAGGCCAGAGAUCAGCUUGAACUACAGCCUGAGCCACGUCAAAAGUACUGUCCUGGAAUGUGCCUCAGAUUUGUCAGGGUUCCAUGGUGCCUUAAUCUGCAUCCUCAGUCUCUGCCCCUUCAUUUGAGCCGUGCACACACAGGCCUCCCAGUCUUCGUCGGCUCAUCUACAACUUCAUUCCAGGAUCAGAGAAUCGUUAAGAGCGUGAAGUUCAGUCGGGGGCAUCCUGGGUCAUUUGGAUAAGCACCACUGCAAAGUUGGGCAGAUGAAGGGUCAACAUAUUUUCCUUGUGAUUUUUAUUUUUAUCUACCUUGGUAUUUGUGUGAGUGUAAAAGAACAUUAAACCCCCACAGACACACCAUUCAACAUUUGCCUCCAGGUGGACAAUAUGCAGUUUUAACCGUCAUGGUUCAGCCUGCCUCUCUGCUGCUCUCUGUUCCCCAUAUUCUUAACCGUGAAGGGGUGCGCUCUCUGCUCGCUGCUACCAUGCAGGGUUUUCCAACCCACUGUGUCAUUUCAGCAAGCGUGGGUCAAGUGGCAAAUCUUUUUAAAAUACUUGUGAUGUGUGCAGUUUGUGAGUUGAAGACUUGUAAACCAUCAGGGCUAUGUCUCUAACAAUCCCUGUGAGGUCUAGGUAGCCCUAACUCUACCUCUGUGCAAUAAAAGUAUGUGACUUUUUUUUUCUUUUUUUUUGAAAAUUGUUUUCCUAAGUCGUGGCAAUCGGGGAGAAAACGAGGAAAAAAAUUGUAACUAACGUGUAUUUACAUUUAUCCCAAACCCUCCCCCCCCCUCCCUCUUUUCAAACCACCGACUUAAAGUUGGGGUCCGACCUCACAGGGUACCUCAAGGAUCUCUCUGCUGUUUGACCCAUGCCUGCGUAUCUAUUUAGAUACUGUAAUGAAUAUAACUUGUUUAAAGGCAAUCCUUAGUCACUUUUAGAUCUGUAAGAAACACAUGAGUUUCCAUAUUGAAAAAGUCUAACUUAUUACGAUCCUAUGUUUUUAUAUACAAAUGUAGAUAUAAUUUUUUAUUCAUUCUUUUUCUUGAAAAUAGAUUGUUGUUAUUUUAUUUUUGGAGCUCUGUAAUUUAAUGUUGAAAUGUUGUUGUUGUUUUUUUCAUCAUAUAUAUAUUAUGUGUCUUUGUAUUCGGCAAGGUACAGGCUUGUUUUCCCCACUUAGUUGAUGAGUUUUCCACAUGGAUGUUGAAAGCAUGGGUCAUGUUGUUGAUGUGGGCCUGUGCAGAGAGAGUCACGGUUCAGUAUUGGCACAUUAGCUGUAAGUUGUACUUCACAAACAUAAAUAUUAAAAUAAGAGCUAACAUUGAAACGCUGUAUACGCAUGACUUUAGCACGCUUGAGUAACAUGUUUUGGUUGUGACUGUGUUCAUCGGUCAUAGAAAGUUAGUGAACAAAAUGUGAAUGUAUAAUUUAAUUGAAAAAUCUUGUAUCACUUAGCUACAUCACUGGAUCCAAACUCCAAGACUGUUUGCGAUCAAUUUUUACAUGCUGUCAUUGUAGCCAUAUGACGAUUCUGCUGGUGCGCUUAUGUAUCUGACUUGGCUAUGUCUUCUACUUGUUUAGUGUCUUUACAUUAAUAAAGAGAAAUUAAUGGGA